GCCGGCCCGCCGCGCUCCCCACCUUGCCUGCAUCCGCCCGGAGCCAGCGGUUCUCCACUCACCCAGCAUCCAGAGAGACGCGCCGCGCACCGACGGAGGGGACAUGGGCAGAGCGAUGGUGGCCAGGCUCGGGCUGGGGCUGCUGCUUCUGGCACUGCUCCUACCCACGCAGAUUUAUUCAAAUCAAACAACUGUUGUAACACUUUCAAGUAACUCCUCGCAGAGUACCUCGGCUGCCCCCAAUCCAGCUAAUGCCACCACCAAGGUGGCUGGUGGUGCCCUGCAGUCCACAGCCAGUCUCCUCGUCAUCUCACUCUCUCUCCUACAUCUCUACUGUUAAAAGACUCGGGCCAAGAAACGUCUAUACUUCCCCAUCUUCUGAACCCAAUCCAAAUGGCGUCUAGAAGUCCAGUGUGGCAAGGAAACAGCAGGUCUUCAUCAAAUCUACUACUUCCACACCUUAUUUUAUUGACCCAGAAAAUGUUGAGAAUCCCAAAUUUGAUUGGUUGGAAGAACAAGUGAAGGGUUUGACUAGAUGAUGCACGCCAAUAUUAAAUCUGCUGGAGUUUCAUGUAUAAGAGGAAGAGAGACAACAUCCAAAAUUAAUUAAGACAUGAUUUCCUUGAAUGUGGCUUAAGAAAUAUGGACACUUCAAACUCUACCUUGAAAAUAAGAGUAGAUUUUAUCUAGAGAUAAAGGAUGGGAUGUGGAAUGGAGAUUUAGUUUUCAUUUGGUUCAUUAAAUCUAUAAGGCCAUAAAAGAGCUUCCAUGAUUCUAUUUAUAUGUACAUUAGAAGGAAUUUCAGUUGUUACUGUAAAUCCUCAAUGUAUUGUUUCAGCAGUACUAAUUUAAUGCCAAUAUACUCUAGGUGAAGUUUUACAUUGUUAAGCUAUCACUGUUGUCUUGGGAACUGAACUGUUUUUCCUCUGAGGCUUUGGAUUUGACAUUGCAUUUGACUUUUUAUGUAGUAGUUGACAUGUGCCAGGGCAACAAUGGAUGAAAUCUACCCCAAGUGCCAUCAUUGUGAGCAACUCUUGCUUAUCUGGCAGGCAUUUCCCAUCACUAUUUCCAUUCAACAAGAGCACCAGAUUCGUUUAGCUCAACUGAUUCCAAAGAGUAGAAUUGCAUUGACCCCAACUAUU